AUAAGCAGAGAUUUUUUCGAUUUCUAGCAAGCAGUAGGAGGGACCUUCCAGCCUAGAGGCCCCCGAAGGGAGGGAGGUGGUUUCCACGGCAACCGGGCGGGGAGCGGUCUGCCGCGCCGGCUCGCUCCUCCGCCUCCCUGUAGCCCAGGGUACCGCCGGACAGCGUCCUCCAGUGCUCCGCGCUCCGAUUGGCUGCACAGGCCGUUCGCUGAUUGGCUGCCGCGGGCGCCUCGCGGGCCGGUGGCUAUGGAACCAGCGGGGGUUGAUGGUUGACCGUUGGCUCAGGGUAGGGGUCGCGGCUCGAGUGAUCCACUCAUAUCCGACAGGACGGCGCGGACUGCUGAGACCUGGCCCGGAACCCGCUGGGGAAACCCAAUUCCGCGCAGCCAUGCCGGCCGGGAGUAGCGAAGCGGACGGCGUCCUCAGCUAUCAGAGACCAGAUGAAGAAGCUGUGGUGGAUCAGGGUGGGACCAGUACAGUCCUCAACAUUCACUAUGAGAAGGAAGAGCUGGAAGGUCAUAGAACUCUGUAUGUGGGGGUUCGGAUGCCACUGGGCAGGCAGAGCCAUCGACACCACCGCACUCACGGCCAGAAGCACCGGAGGCGAGGGCGGGGCAAAGGAGCCAGCCAGGGAGAGGAGGGCCUGGAAGCCCUGGCCCACGACACACCAUCUCAGCGUGUUCAGUUCAUUCUUGGGACCGAGGAAGAUGAAGAGCAUGUGCCUCAUGAGCUGUUCACCGAGCUGGAUGAGAUCUGUGUGAAAGAAGGAGAAGAUGCUGAGUGGAAGGAGACAGCCAGGUGGCUGAAGUUUGAGGAAGACGUUGAAGAUGGGGGAGAACGCUGGAGCAAGCCGUACGUGGCGACCCUUUCGCUGCACAGUCUCUUUGAAUUAAGGAGCUGCCUCAUUAAUGGAACUGUCCUUCUGGAUAUGCAUGCAAAUAGCAUUGAGGAAAUUUCAGACCUGAUACUGGACCAGCAGGAACUGUUCAGUGACCUGAAUGACAGCAUGAGGGUUAAAGUGCGGGAAGCCCUUCUCAAAAAGCACCAUCAUCAAAAUGAGAAGAAGAGAAACAACCUCAUUCCCAUUGUUCGCUCCUUUGCUGAGGUUGGCAAGAAACAGUCUGAUCCACAUUCGAUGGAUAAAAAUGGUCAAACUAUAUCACCUCAGUCUAUUCCAACUACAAAUCUUGAAGUGAAAAAUGGAGUGAAUUGUGAACACAGUCCUGUGGAUUUAAGCAAGGUUGACCUUCAUUUUAUGAAAAAAAUUCCCACUGGGGCAGAGGCCUCGAACGUCCUGGUUGGAGAGGUGGACUCUCUGGACCGGCCCAUUGUUGCCUUUGUGAGACUGUCUCCAGCUGUUCUUCUCUCAGGCUUGACAGAAGUGCCCAUCCCAACAAGAUUUCUGUUUAUCUUACUGGGUCCAGUAGGGAAAGGUCAGCAGUACCAUGAGAUUGGCAGAUCCAUGGCCACCAUCAUGACAGAUGAGAUUUUUCAUGAUGUGGCAUAUAAAGCAAAGGAGCGAGAUGAUCUCCUGGCAGGGAUUGAUGAGUUCCUAGACCAGGUGACAGUACUCCCUCCGGGAGAGUGGGACCCGUCCAUUAGAAUCGAGCCACCCAAAAACGUCCCUUCCCAGGAGAAGAGGAAGAUGCCUGGGGUUCCAAAUGGAAAUGCGUGCCACAUAGAACCAGAACCACACGGGGGUCAUAGUGGGCCAGAACUUCAGCGUACUGGGCGACUUUUUGGGGGUUUGCUGAUGGACAUCAAGCGGAAGGCCCCUUGGUACUGGAGCGACUACCGAGAUGCACUCAGUUUACAGUGUCUGGCCUCUUUCCUGUUCCUGUACUGUGCCUGCAUGUCACCCGUCAUCACCUUUGGAGGACUGCUUGGAGAAGCCACUGAGGGACACAUAAGUGCAAUUGAAUCCUUGUUUGGAGCCUCCAUGACUGGGAUCGCCUAUUCCUUGUUUGCGGGACAGCCUCUCACCAUCCUGGGAAGCACUGGGCCAGUUCUUGUGUUUGAGAAGAUUUUAUUCAAAUUUUGCAAAGAUUACUCCCUUUCGUAUCUCUCCCUGCGAGCUUGUAUUGGACUGUGGACCGCCUUCCUGUGUAUUGUCCUUGUGGCAACUGACGCCAGUUCCCUUGUCUGCUACAUUACCCGCUUCACUGAAGAAGCAUUUGCCUCCCUGAUAUGUAUUAUUUUCAUCUAUGAAGCAAUAGAAAAGCUGAUUCACCUGGCAGAGACCUAUCCCGUCCACAUGCACAGCCAGCUGGACCAUCUUAGCCUCUAUUACUGCAGGUGUACGGUCCCAGAGAAUCCCAACAACCACACCCUGCAGUACUGGAAGGACCACAACAUCGUGACGACAGAAGUGAACUGGGCCAACCUCACUGUCAGUAAAUGCCAAGAGAUGCAUGGAGAAUUUGUAGGAUCUGCUUGUGGCCAUCAUGGACCCUACACUCCUGAUGUCCUCUUCUGGUCCUGUAUUCUCUUCUUCACUACCUUCAUCCUCUCCAGCACCUUAAAGACAUUUAAGACUAGCCGCUAUUUCCCAACCAAAGUGCGCUCCAUGGUGAGUGACUUUGCAGUUUUCCUCACUAUCUUCACAAUGGUGAUUAUUGAUUUUUUGAUUGGAGUCCCAUCACCAAAGCUUCAAGUUCCCAGUGUGUUCAAGCCAACAAGGGAUGAUCGGGGAUGGAUUAUCAAUCCCAUUGGCCCCAACCCCUGGUGGACUGUGAUAGCUGCGAUCAUCCCAGCUCUCCUCUGCACCAUCUUGAUAUUCAUGGACCAGCAGAUCACAGCAGUCAUCAUUAACAGGAAGGAACACAAGCUCAAGAAAGGCUGUGGCUAUCACCUGGACCUGCUGAUGGUGGCCGUCAUGCUGGGCGUCUGCUCCAUCAUGGGCCUGCCCUGGUUUGUGGCUGCAACUGUCCUGUCCAUCACACACGUGAACAGUCUCAAGCUAGAAUCUGAGUGCUCUGCUCCGGGAGAACAGCCCAAGUUCCUGGGCAUCCGGGAGCAGAGAGUGACAGGCCUUAUGAUCUUCGUGCUGAUGGGCUGCUCAGUCUUCAUGACGGCUAUCUUAAAGUUUAUCCCGAUGCCAGUCCUCUAUGGAGUUUUCCUCUACAUGGGAGUUUCUUCCCUACAGGGAAUCCAGUUCUUCGACCGGCUGAAGCUCUUUGGGAUGCCCGCCAAGCACCAGCCGGACUUUAUUUACCUGCGGCACGUGCCUCUGCGCAAAGUGCACCUCUUCACCCUCAUCCAGCUCACCUGCCUCGUCCUGCUCUGGGUCAUCAAGGCCUCUCCAGCUGCCAUUGUUUUCCCGAUGAUGGUUUUGGCCUUGGUCUUUGUCAGGAAACUCAUGGACCUCUGUUUCUCUAAGCGAGAGCUGAGCUGGUUAGAUGAUCUCAUGCCUGAAAGCAAAAAGAAGAAGUUGGAUGAUGCCAAAAAGAAGGCCAAGGAGGAAGAGGAGGUGGAGAAAAUGUUAGAAAUAGGGGGAGACAAGUUCCCCCUAGAAAGCAGAAAGUUAUUAAGUAGUCCUGGAAAAAACAACAGUUUCAGAUGUGACCCCUCUGAGAUUAAUAUAUCUGAUGAAAUGCCUAAAACCACGGUCUGGAAAGCUCUCAGUAUGAAUUCUGGAAAUACGAAGGAAAAAAGUCUCUUCAACUAAGAGUCUUUGCUCCGAUGGAAGAUUUGGGCCAUGAGGUGCUCAGGGGAGUUCUGAUUACAGAGAAAAUGGUGAGUCUCUCGGAGAAGAACCAAGACCAACUCUGGCCCCAUCUCUGGUCAUCUCAAGCCUUGCCGAAGCCCAGUCAUUCCUGGUGCGCAGCAGAGGGCACCCUGCCAUCCUCACACCGGCAGCCAGGCACCAGCUGCAAGCGUGGAAGCAGAAGACCACUUCCUGCUGGUCCUUCUCUUCUUCCUUUCUCUUCAGAACUGCCACCAUUAAAGACCCAGCUUCCCAUUUUUCAGACAUUUUCUCUGAAACUCUACUGGCCUGCUGAGCCACAUGGAUCCAUUCUGCCAUUGAGGAUUCCCUCAGUGCGGUCCCUCUUCCUAAGGGGUGGGUGGGAGAGUAGCAGGAGAGCAGAAAGAAAAGGGAAGGUUCCCAGUCUUAUUGGUAUCUUCCAGCUCCUAGGUGGCCCUGGGUCUCAGCUCCACUGCACAUCCUGUUUGGAGUCAGACCCCGGGGCCGUCGGGGGCUCUGCUGUCAGGAGGCGAGCCAUGUGGGCCUUGGCGGUGCCCACCGCCACAGCCAGGACAGGCCUCUGACCCGGAGUGUCUCUGUCACUCCCUAGCAGCAGUCUGCAGCACUCAGUGAGACCCUUGGAAGACCCAGGGGUCAAGGAGGACACUGGAGUUGUUCGGCUUAUUUAGGAAAAGGCUUGCGGGGAGGGGAAUUAGUAAUGACCGCUGAGGACAAGCAGCUUCCCUUGGUUUUUAUUGAGGACAGAGUAAGGGAAUGAGCAUCACUUGCUACAGAAGGAAUUCGUUUAGAUACCAGGAAGGACUUCAUAGCCUGAAGGUUUGUCUUAGUGUGUAGUUUCUAGAUACCUAGAAAAGAUUCGAUAGCAGUUGUUUGUGAAUAGAAAGAGGGAUGUGAUGUUUUUAUUGGCCGUUUCAUGGGAAUGUUUGAUGUCCUGCUGCUGUCUUUUGAGGAAAUAUUCUAAUUCCAUCCUGGAGAGAUCCAAGUGCUUACGUACUGUCUCCUUAGCUGCCUUAGUAGUGAGCCAUCAUCAGCUCAGUGGACCAAACCACCUUCAGCCAUGUGAUUUCUUCAUCAUGGAUUUCUUUUGGUUGACAACAGUUCUGGUUCUCAGCUGUAAAGAGCCACCCUGAGAAAUGAACUGUAAGUGGUGAAGUUAAUUUCAGUAUUUUAAACUGCAUUUAUGGUUUCUUCUUCUCUGUUGUAAUGAAUGUCAAGGGUGUGGGCUGUGGUGCGUAUGUGUAGACCUUCCCUGCCUUUGUGCACAGAAUGUGACUAGCCAGCCCAUUGACACCCAGGGAAUUUAAUCGUAUAGUUCUUCAUCCUGGAAAAUCUUUGUACAGUGGGAAAAUCCCUGCUGUGCUCUGUGUUCAUAGAUGAAGAGUUGACAACAUCAUUAUAUUGAGUUUUCAUUCCUUAAACUCUUAAAAUAUAUUAAUGUAGUCUAGUCUUAUUCUAAAGACUUUUGACUGAUGUUGUAAGAACCUGAGUUUCCCCUACAUUUCGCUGACUUUUAGGGACACAGUUCUUUCAAUGCAGAGAUGAUUUUGAAAAUAUUUAACAACUGGUACUGGACAGACACCUAUCCCUCAGGAUGGGUGUGGACUGCAAACAAGCAGCGUGUAUCAUUGUACCGGUGUCUGACGGCUGAAUGUCACACUGCUUUCAAAUAUUAAAGAGUGUCACUCUGAAUUGUGGGUAUUGUUCCUGGUUUGCCUAGUCUGAUUUCUAGUCAUAAGGCUGUUGAGGGACACCCUUGGCUUCCCUUCAUAUGGUACAGACAGGAUCAGGAAUGUUUCUUUGAAAUAUAUGGGCAUUCAAAUCUUCGUGAGCCAAAGCUUCACAUUUUAUCGCAUUACAGCAAAUCUGUAAUUAUACCCCUUACCUACUUAGUGUGGAAAAAGUAAAAGGCAGCCUGUCAGUGGGAAAAGCUUUCUUACUGACUUUUCUUUUCCAUCCCUGGCUACUUCCUUGAACUUGCUUCUUUUUCAUCAUUUUUUUCCCUAAAAAUAGGCCCCCGUUCUUGUUCCAUUCCCCCCCACCACCACCAUAUUUUCCUUCCACCUUCUGUGUGAGGAAGUUGGUGACGACUUCACCUGUUUCCCUCACCUCACCUGGAAAGGAUGGAACAGAGAAGAGCCCAGUGUGCAACAAAACCAGUGACAGAAUCCCUCAGAAAAAUGGCUCUCCCGAUGCACUGAUGGCUUGUGCCACCUUGUAUCUGCUAAGCUGCUGGAGGCCAGGGAAGCAGCCUUCGUUAGCUUUGUGUAGUCCAGUUAUGGACCGCAUGCCCUUCCGAGUCUUUCCCUAGCAGACUCUCCCCAGUCACUGCAUCGUAGGAAUGUGAGCCAUUUUGGAAGGCUGUACUAAUAGGCUGUUAUGUUUUUCUCAAGUACAUCCCAGCCCCAUUUUUGCUGCAUCUAAUGAUAGAAACCGUCUCUACUCUUACUCUUUCCUCUUUCCCAGUUCCUGCCAAACACUCAGCUCCAGUCUGGCUGCCUCCUCGCUUAGAUCUGUGGCUGAUGAACAUGAAGCAGAGUCAGCUGGGCAUUAGCAACUGGGAGACAGGGAAGCAGCGCAGUGCCUGUGCGCGUGUGCAUCAGCCAGUAAGAGUGUAGACAUGAGUACUCCUUGAUACUGUUACGCUUUUGUGCAUGAAGCUGCAGGAGCAUCCAAAAAUGUGGUCAUUCUCUCGUCCAGGGCGUUUUCAUCUCAGAUGUCUCUGAUAAAUAGUUUGAGAACAAACAUAGGCAGAUUAAUCUGUGAAAAAUGGUAUUUAAGUUCAACAUGAAGCAUAAACUGACUUAAGAGUAGAAAGCAAGGCUAGCGGUUACUAGUGAUUUUCAUGUCCAUAUUUGCUUGGGCCAAAGAAGUGGUCCCCUCUUUCACAAUGACAGAACUAUCAGCAACGGUUUGAGUGUGGCCAGGUCAGUGCCCUGACAGACUGGGGGUAUCAGUGUAAGGAGGGAGAGAGGCCAGGGCUCUAAGAAAAGGGUGGUAUGUGAAUCUUGGUUCUAAGGAAAAAGAAUUGUAGUUGCUAAGAGGGCAGAUUGCCUUCUGGUCAUUACCCCCGCAGGAGGGCUGGUCUGGACUUGCAGGCAUGCCUGACCUGCAGCCCACCCCUUAGACGUGCCUAUGUUAGCAUUCUAAAGAUUAAGUAAAGGAAGUUGUGUUACAUAUAUACAUUAACUGUACAUUUUAUAUGCAGCCAAAACCAUUUCUGUUCACUGACCCAGGCAAGCCAGGUAUGUUCAGCCUGCAGCCACAGGUUUCCAACUUCUGAAGGACUGUCGAGAAAUCUUUUCUUACCGCACACAUUCCCUAUGCCCACUCCUUUAUUCAUAGAAACUUGCCUUUGGGAUAGAAGGAAAGUGAACCAUGUUUUUCCAGAAUACAGGUAAAAAGCCAUUCUUCCUUUUUGGCUGUGGUGUAACUGUCUUUUAAGUUAGUCAUAAAUGUUAGAUACAAAUUUGGUGUAUUCUAAGGCUCAGGCUUGGUUGAGAGCUCAAGCUAUGAUAACUGUGACCUUUAAAAGGUCUGUGGUCUGGGGAAUCUGUAGUUUGUGCUCAUCCAAAAAUGAAAAUUUCUGACUCUUCUUUAUUUUCUACUCACUCAACCCUCCAGACUCCCUCUUAGUGGCCAAGUCAGUAAACCUCACUGCAUCUACUCAGUUGACUUCAAUGCUCUGCGCCCAGGUUUGUCUGAAGCAUAGGAACAGGUUUGGUCCCGUGGCCCAGAGCACUAUCCAGGACGUUCUCUCUGCCACUUCACCAGUGUCUCUGAAGUUCUUUUGUCGAGAGGACUUUUACACAGUCGCCUUUGCUCAUUUGUCACUGCAUUUUUCUCACACUUCUCAGGUUUCUAAGCUACAUGUUAGCAGGAUAUCCGGGAGCCCUACGUGGAUGUUCUCAGGCUGCUUUUCUUUUGGUGGUAACUGGUGGGGCUCCCCUGAGGUAGAAAUCCCUUCAGCAGGCCCUGGCUGGCCAAGCAGCACCAUCAGGUCCCGCCCAUUUACUGUCUCAGCUUCUCAAGUCCCUUUCCUCCUGUCGGCCUGGUCUUCAGUCUCACAUUCUCCUCAGACGGAAGAAGUUCUGGAUUGGAGGUCCUGAAACCACCACCAGUCGGGGUGGUGAGAUCUUUGAGUUGGCCUUGGAGCUUCUCGGAAAGGGGAUUUUAUGGUUAUUUUCCUUAGGUUCCUCUGCAUUUCAGUGUAAACACAAGACUGUCCGUGAACGAGCGUAAGGAAUUUUUCUACUAAGCCUAUUCUUUAUGCUUCUGUUGUACCAGUCUCUUAACAUUAAUUCUAGAGAAUGGAUAGUUGACUCUUUUAUCAGAAAGAAGGUAAUUUUCAUAACCAAAAGAAGUGCGAAGUAACUAUAUCACUGCUUGAAGUGCGAGAAGAGAAAAAGAGUGUUCCGUGAACCUUUUCGGGAGGAGGACUCAGGAAGCAGAGUGAUUCAUCGUAGUCAUGAUCCUUUGAGGAGAUUCUGUGCUCAAAGGGAAUGCAGUGGUUUCUGAUCCUUCUGAAGAGAAAAGGACUAACAUUUUUCUUAAAUCUAGCCCACUCUCAGCACUGGAGAAUAGAGAACUUUCUCUUCUAGCUGACAGCGUUAGUAUUUCCUGAGAGACGGGGAGAACCACUCAGCACUUCUCUGAGCCCACCGGAAAUGAGCCGGGCUUCUCUUAGCAGGUUCUCCGAGGACUUCGCCGUGCAGGUUGUUUACAUGUGCAAUAACGCUGGACACAGAAGCAGCAAACUGAAUGUGCAAUUACUCCUUUUGUAAAAGAAGCCAAAUCCCCCGCUCCUUCCCGUAUUCACUCCUCUGGGACGAUAAGCCUCCCUCUUGUUUCUCUGUGUCUGUCUGUCUGGUUGGUUAGAAAUGGCCGCCCUUCCAGGCUAACGGUGUCAGGUGGAGAGCAGAAUAACCUUCCCACGGAAGGGGACAACUUGAGGUGCUGGUAUGUUUCCCUUCUUUUCUAUGUUCUUCUUUAUAGUAGGUCUCAUGUAGAGAUAGAGAUAUUUUUGUUUUAGAGAUUCCAAAGUAUAUAUUUUUAGUGUAAGAACUGUAUCCCUCUCCAUGCUCCAUGGUGUAAAUAGAACUGGGAACAAAUGUUUCGUUGUGAUAAUCCCGUAGCAAUUUUGUGGUAGGAGUAAGACCCCUUUCUGAUCUGUGUCUAUGACCCAAGGCAGGUAACUGGAAUUACCAUCUCCUCUGCCCACCCUCUGUGUGUGCUCACUUCGAUGGGCGGAAAAUAAAGUCCGUACCCACUGUU